AUGGGCUUGUAUAAUCAGACCAUGUUUAUAUUAGUGGGAUUCACGGUCAGACCAGAAGUAGAGAUCUGUAUUUUUUCUGUCAUGUUGAUUAUUUAUCUGUUGUCUUUAUUUGGUAACCUGGCUAUUGUAGCAGCAAUUUUAGUAGAGAAAUGUCUUCAAACUCCAAUGUAUUUCUUCCUCAGCAGCUUGGCUUUUGCAGAUAUUGGUUUUAUCUCGUGCACUGUACCCACAUUAUUGUAUAUCCUGGCAACUGAGAACGGAGCCAUCUCUAAAACUGACUGUAUUAUGCAGCUCUAUUUCUAUGUGUCUUUUGGUAGUGCAGAAUUUAUCCUUCUGGGUAUCAUGUCUGUGGACCGGUAUGUGGCAAUAUCACACCCACUAAGGUACAGUUCCAUCAUCACAAGCAAGAUGUGUGCAUGGUUGAUCCUACUGUCUUGGGUAAUUGGAUUCUUUGCUUUUAUCUAUCCCAUUAAACUGCUUUUCAAUUUAUCUUUUUGUGGUCCUUUUAAAAUAAAUCAUUUUUUCUGUGAAAGUUCAGUGUUUUUAAAGAUAAGCUGCUCAGACACAAACUUCUUCUAUAUGGUGUUCACCUUCUUUGCUGGAGCCAUAAUUCUAGUGUCAUUUAUGAUCACGUUUGUGUCCUAUGUUUAUAUUAUUUCUGCAAUAAUGAAGAUUUCUUCAUCUAGUGGAAAGAAAAAGGCAUUCUCUACCUGUACCUCACACUUCACUGCAGUGAGCAUGCUGUAUGGAUGUGUAAUAUUUCUCUAUAUAAGACCAGCUGAAAGUGUAUCUAUGGAUUUAAACAAGGUUAUCAAUGUUCUUAAUAGUAUCCUUACCCCAUUUAGUAAUCCUUUCUUAUACACGCUAAGGAAUAAAAAUGUUCAAAAUGUCAUCAAGAGAACUCUGAGGAUUCAAUAA